UUCAUGGACCUGGCGCUUGAAGAGGCUGCGGCGGCUCGCGAUGCAGGCGAGGUGCCCAUCGGGUCGGUGCUGGUGAUGGCUGGCGAGGUUGUGGCGUCCGCGCGCAACCGCGUCGAGGAGCUCCAGGACGCCUCCGCCCACGCCGAGAUGCUCUGCAUGCGCGCCGCCGCCGCGUCGCACGGCGGGUGGAGGCUCAACGCCGACGCGGCGGGCGACCCGUGCCCGAGCACGCUGUACGUGACGGUGGAGCCGUGUCCGAUGUGCUACGCCGCGCUGCACGGCUUCCGCGUGGAGCGGCUGGUGUACGGCGCGCCCAACGACCGCCUCGGCGCUGUG